UAAAGAAAGAUAGGGACUUAUCUAAAAAGGAUGCUGUCGUCAUGGUUACAUUAUUCAAGAUUGAUUCGCAGUCUUGGAGUUUUAAACCAAAGCCACUGUUCUCAUGUAGCUUUUGGUAAACGCUUCUUACAAAUUUCAUCCUGGUGCCAUGAUAAUGAUUCUCUUGAGACAAAUCCAUAUUUUAAAAAAUACUCACAAAAAAUUAAAGCAGUUAAAGAAGUCGAAGAUGCACAUACUUCAAGAAAGAUUGACCCUAAUAGACAUUUAGAUACAGAGGCUGAUUGGUGGAAAUAUAACAUGAAUUUGGUUGAAAAUUCAUUAAGCAAUGAAAGAAAAAAGAGUUCUAGCAUCCAUGGUUCCAAAUUACCUCGUAAUCUUUCAGAAGUAAUUCAUAUGGAUUUAUUAGAAAGUAAGAGCAGUGAUGAUAUUAGUCAUAUCUGGAUGGAAUAUUUCAAGGCAAAAGAUUGUGUUUCUGGUAUAAUAACUGAAGAACUCUAUGAUUGUUUGAUGACUCGUGCAAAAGAUUAUCCAAUGUUUUUAUAUCCAUUACCUCGUUCAAAUGGUUAUGAAUUUAUACUUUCCCAAUUUUCAAAAAACAGAUGCUAUUUCACAUCAUUGAUAAAUUAUCAAACACAUGGUGAAGAAGCUCCCUGGCAGUUAUGCCUAACAUUUUAUAAUGAGUUAGUGAAAAGCAAAGGGAUAGCGUUAAUGACCAGUGAAAUAGAUUUGAAUACUCUGAACAUUUUCGAGGCACAAUUUUUGGUCCAGCUACAAAAGAUGUUCUACACAACAAAUGAAGAUGGUAAAUUUGAACUUGUUACCAAGUUUAAGAAUGAUCCUGUUAAUUUUGAUCAUAUGGAUUUAAUAAAAGAAAUUGAAGGCAGUGACAUGGUAAUGCCUGAUACAAAAUAAUUGUAUUUGUUUAAUGUAAUUGUAGAGAUUUUAUAGGUGAUGAUGUGUUUUGUUAUUUUUCAACUAAGAAGUUAUAUUUUUUUAUUUUUACUUUUUUGCCCAAGUUCCCAAAAUAGUGUCAUUCUAAACAUUAUUUGAAGCUAAUUUUACAGUAACGCAUCUUCUAACUGAAAGUUAUUCAAAUUUUUUUUCUGUCGUACAUGAUUAUAUGCACAGAAUUUAUAUAAUAAUUUACUGUGUUUCCUCAAACAAAUGCUGCUAUUUAAUAAAUACCGCCUUGACCACACCUGUUGGCAAAUCAUUUUUUUUUUUACUCAUAUUCUUUGUUCAAAAUAAAUAAUAAAUUAUACCUAUCCCCCCCCCAAAAAAAAAGGCAUGUCCAAAUUUUGAAACUUACAAUUCAAGCUGUAGGGAUUUUUUGAUGGAGUAUGGUAAUCGUCAGCCGAAAAUUUUUAUCAGUCUGAAAUCUACCAACAUUAUUUUAAAACUAUGGCAAAUUCUUGAGAAUCUAAUUUUGUCAAUAAUUUGAAAAGUGUUUUUUGUGUUAUAACACAUUUUCUUAUAGUUGUUUUUAAGUUUCUCUAUCUAACAUGUUUUAUUUUUUAUUCAAGUGCAUGGUUGUUAUAUUAUUGCUGACAGUAAAGCAAAAUAUGAUUGUGUAAAACGAAUUUCUACAUUGCAAUAAAAGUCUAUAGGACGUUUUCAGAAGAUAAAUAUAGAAAUGUUCAAAUUUCAUUGUUUUAGCUUUUUUUUAUUCUUUAAAGCUUAACGAAUCUGAUGUGCUAAUACAUUACAUGAGUUAUAUUUUUUUAGCAUUUAACCAAAAAAAGAAUUUAUUGCAAAUGUGUUACUUGAUGUGACAUUUAGUGAAUUUCUUUAAUAACGAAGAAAAAACAAAUUGGGAACCAUAUCCCCAAUUAUUCUUUUGUCCAAAUGUCUAAUUGCAGCCACGAAAACCAAUGUUGUCAUACUUUAGGCUCUUGCUCACAAACACUUGAUGAGUUGGAAUUUGAGCGAGGCAUUUGGCAAGCAGCCAUAGAUGGAGACAUUAUUAAAAUAAAAAAAUUACUGAAUAAAAACGUUAAUGUGAAUGUUACAGAUUCGUCAGGCUACACUGCUCUGCAUUAUGCUGCAAGAAAUGGACAUUGUGAUACUGUUGAAUUUUUAAUCCAGCAAGGCGCAUGUGUAAAUUGUCAAACUAAAUUUGGAAAGGACACACCAUUGCAUCGGGCAGCUUAUAUUGGAAAUGAAAAGAUAGUGGAGUUAUUACUUGAAAAUAGCGCUGAUGCAAUGUUGCAGAAUACUGAUGGACAUACCUGUUUGCAUAAGGCUGCACAGAAAGGGCAUCAAGUUAUAGUGGAAAUUCUUAUGUGCAAAUAUCCCAGUUUGGUAAAUAUUAUUGAUAACAAAGGAAGAAAACCCACAGAAUAAUUUGCAAAUUUAUGAAUCAUAUCAACAUCAUGCGCUAUCAAUAUUAAAAAAUCAAUUUUGACUUAGAUUUCACAUUUAGGAGUCACAGUAUUUUUUCAGAAAAUUUUUUCAAACUUAACAGAAGUCUUCAUAAGUAAUGAAUCCUAAUGGAAGAUUGUCCAAAAAACCCUCUUUGCAGCAUAUAAGCUGUAUUGUAUUAAACUGACAAAAAUUAUUGUUAUUAAAAAAAUAGCAUGCUUAUUUAGGCUUAUUAUUAAGACCGUACCAGUGAAGACUAACAUGCUGUAAAGUUUACAAGUAAUUGAGUUUUAUUUUAAUGGGGGCUUAAAUUUGAAAAUCAGCAAAAGGAAACUGAUCCAGGGCAGGUAAUCAUAGAGAGGAAUUGUCUGCAGGGGAGUGUAGUCACCUUUUUUAAGAAAUUUUGUGAGUUUUGCAGAGUUAAAUUUAAUCAACUUAAAAUCAGGAAAAAACAUGAUAAACUUGCUUUUCUUUGCAAUUUCAAUUACAAAAUCUUUUUUCCUAUUUCACUAUUUUAGCAUUAAACAUUGAACUUUCAGAGAUCUGUGUGUAAAC